CCCAUCGAACACAACUUGAAAUCCGAUUUGCCAAAAUUCAGAGAAUUGAGCAGCUGGGCCAAUCAUAGUCAAACCAGGGGUCUCUUCAUUUAAUAAAGUAAAUCCAUUCCGCGCACUGUAGCGGUAUAGCGGACUACCAAAUCGGAAAAGGUCUCGUGAGGGUGCCGCAGUAUUUGAGUGAAGUGCAAGAAGCAGGUGGCGCCUCCCCCUCAGCAUAAUGCAAGCUAUGGAGAGCAUGAGGGAGGGGCAUGGGAACAGCCUGAGCUCAUGGAAGAAGGUCGCCCUUGCUGUAGGGCUCCCAGUCGGGGUCACAGUCGGCUACAUCCUCUACCAGUAUUUCAGAAAUAGCCGUGUUUUUUUACUUGGGUGUUUAGCCAUGAAGGAGAGAACAGAAGAGUUAAGGAUGAGUGUUCCUCUGGAAGUGUAUCGAUCUAUCGCCAGAUACCAGGCCACCUUUCUGGACUUGGUGGGUCAGCAGACUGGUGCACAGGUGAAGGUGGUGGCAGAAGCUGAGGAUCCGAGCGCAGUGUGUUUCCAGCUACACGGCUCUGCCGAGCAGGUGUUCUUGGCCAAGUGUGCCCUGGACAAACUGGCCUCUGACAGCGAGGUCAUCGCAGAUGUCAUGGAAGUGCCCCAGACUGCCUUUGGGCGAAUCAUAGGACGUGGAGGAGAGUCCCUGAAGCUGAUUUGCCGGACAUCAGGAGCCAGAGUGACCUGCCCCAGGGAUAGAGGCCGCAACCUCGGGGAGAAAGGCAAGAUCUCCAUCAUGGGCACGCGCCGUGAGGUGCAGAAUGCGAGGGAGCUGAUCAUGGAGAAGGUGUUUGAGAAUGAGGAGGUGCGGAGAAGAAUCUCCCAGGCCUCGGCUCUCCGUCAGAGGAGGAGGCCCCCGGAGCUGGAGGCUCAUGGAGGGCAGCAGUCUGAGGCCGAACCCAAAGAGGAGCCAUUUGUUGAGGAGGUGAAGUCCUCUGAGAGUGGGACAAAGGCCACAGGAUUAGUCCAGGUUAACGGGACACUUGGGGCUCCUGCUGGUGAUCAGUUACCCCCAAAGGAGUCGUCCAAACCUGAGUGUGAAGAUGGAGAGGACCACUCCCCAGUGUCCCCUCUUGGAGUUUCUAAGUUUGAAAUCCCCAGUCCAGACCUGAGCUUUCAGCCAGACGAGCACCUGGAGGUGUAUGUGUCUGCAGUCGAGAACCCGCAGCACUUCUGGAUCCAGAUCCUUGGCGUUCGAUCGCUGCAGCUGGACAAGCUGACAGUUGAGAUGAAUCGCUUCUACAGCAACAGUGCAAAUGAACAAAAGGUACCAGCGGUGGUUGUCGGGGACAUUGUGGCUGCUCCCUACCGGGACCAUGGCACCUGGAACCGGGCCAGGGUGCUUGGACUUCUCGAGAGUGGUUUGGUUGACCUGUACUAUGUGGACUUCGGAGACAAUGGUGAACUGCUCCCUGAGAACCUGCGGCCAAUGAGAAGUGACUUCUUGAGCCUUCCCUUCCAAGCAAUUGAAUGCAGUCUGGCAGGUGUAUGUCCUGCAGGAGAAGCAUGGACAGAAGCUGCCCUGAAUGACUUUGACCAGCUGACCUACUGUGCUCAGUGGAAACCGCUGCUUGCAAAGCUGUGCAGUUACUCUCAUUCUGAGAUUUCCUCCUGGCCCAGUGUCCAGCUGUAUGACAAUGGGCAUGGCAAGGCACUGGAUCUGGGUGAGGAGCUAAUCCGACGAGGCCACGCAGUACGCUGCCAGGACGUGGGUGACGGAGGGCUCCGGGGGGAUCGGGAUGACCCUGGCUCUCUGCAGAAGAUGCUGGAUGAUGUGACUGGAGCCACCUCAGAGCUGAGUCUGUCCUGCAUCAGUCUGUCAGGUUCUGUGGAUCUAUGUGGGGAGUGGGUGAGGCAGCAGGCAGCUGCCUGUCUUGGCUUGGACUCAGUAAGUCCUUUGGAGACCCUGAGAGCGGACGUGGACCACACCCCACCUAGUGUGUUUGUACACUCCUGCUUGCGCCAUUUUGACUCCACACUGUCAUACUUGGAUGCAAGUGAACUGCCAAGCCACACCCUUCUGUCUCCCAGCCCAGUCCAAUUUCUGGAGUCUCCGGUCCAGCCAGCCAGAGAGAAUCGUGUCUGCCUGAAAAGCAAGACCUACUGUGUCUCAAUGCCACAGUUACGGACCACCAAUAGCCUUUUCAAGUCGUCUGACUCUUCCUCUAUUGAGGUCAUGACCUCUGCACUGACUUCCAUGGCACUGUGUGAUGAGGUCUUUCUGUCUGGGACCAGCAGCAGUACUGGGGGGGAUGAGGUCAUAUCCAUUUCGUCAGACUCCGAAGAACUUGGUACCAGCACCAGCCACAGCGGCAGUGGCGGAAUUCGCAGUGUCUGGUACUAUCUGUCCUCAGAGGACUCCUCUACGUCCUCAGCCAGCACCACCUUGCCCACAUCCUCCCCGUCUUCCUACACGAGUGAGUUUGAGAGUUGGACCCCCAUCUCCUCCCACGGUACUUCCAGCCUGGACCUCUCUGGGAGCGUGGAGGACAGAGAAGUGGCGAGGCCCAACGGGUUCAGGUCAACAGCAGGCCUGGUUGAGGAGCAGGGUGAGGAAGGUGGCUUAGUGAUUAACUUGAGUGCUUCAUCGGUGGACGAGACGGGAGACCGCAGCACCAGUGAGAGUCAGUGUGCGGGUCACAGCUGUGCAGAGUGCAAUGUCUGUCUGAUCUGUGAGGAGGAAGCAGGCCAUGAACCAAGCUGGCAGGUGAGGAAUGGGAAUGGGAGGAGGAAGGCAAAUGAAAGACUAGAGCUGACUGAAGGAGGCUGCUGUGCUGAACAAUGUGUGCUGCAGUAUGGGGAAGCCAGGGCCUUGAAGGACAGAGAGGGUGAAGCAGGAUCACAUGGUCAUACCCAACAAAGGGGCACGGACACCACAUCAGAACCAUGUCCCACUGCCCCUGCAUCUGCCAACCAGACCAAUGAAGGAAGAGAACAUCUCCAGCACAACAAGAGACUCAGCCCAGGCCAUAUGAACCAUUUUGUCCUGAGUGAGUCCAGGCUGAGAACAGAAGUUGCCUCAAUCUCAGGAAGUGUAGAUGACGUCAUUGAAGAUGAAUCCAUCUGAAACCAAAGACAAAUGGUGUAUCCUGCUUUGCACAGCUGCCUUCAGGACAGUGCUGCAGCCUUGCAUUGUGACCGCUGACCUGUGACACACUGAUUGCCCCUAACAGCCUAUGCCUCAGUAUAUUGCAGAGAGGGGAUGCAUUUCAAUGUGCUCCUUGUUCCCGACUCCUUCACUCCCAACUGAUCUAUGAGCACAACGCACAGAGUGCUCUCUCAGUCAUCAUGGCCUAAGAUCAAAAGGGGACGUGUGGAUCGGGAGCAGUGUAGCUACAUGGAGUGCAACCUGGAUGUCCUCUCGUGGCGCACCCGAGCAAGCAUGAGCGUAGACCUCAGCUCUUUGUCCAUAUUUUUGAAGUGUUCUCAUGUUUAUUUGUGGGAGGAGGGGGGAAUGCACUUGGGAAAAACAACCACAGAAUAUAAUUGUAUAUGUCUAUAUGUACUGAGCGCUUGUUAAUUUGGUUGAUGCAGUAAGUAUAGAUUAGUCCAAGAAAUAUAUUUUAUGCUUAAAUAUGUUUCACGAUCGCUAUCAUGUUCAGCCUUCGAAACUGAUACUUGCUCAGGUAAGGUUUUUCAUUUUCCUGUAGCAGGUUGUUGUCAGGACAUUUGUGUAUUCUACUUUGGAAUUGUAAACUGUUUGGAUUUGUUUAAAGAUGUGUGUUCGUUUAUUAUGCUCAGAUUUUAUUGAUUUAAAAUGUAUAAUAAAACAUCAGAGUGUUCAUUUAUAGAUCAAUUUA